AUGGAUAAUGACGUGCAUCUAUUUUAAAAAAGAGAGUGUGAGGAUAGACAUGUCAGCUGUUCAGCAUUAGGCUUUAGUGUAGCUGAAGAAAAAAAGAGAGAAAACACUUUCUGCUGUCUGGUAGCUCGGGGAACGAGGGAGUGGGCGCAGGACGACACAGGAGACUCUGGCCAAAUUUUUUUUUUGUUGAUCUUUAGGGAUUUGUGCAAAACCUUCGGCUAACAAUGCAGUGGGAGAGGAAAUGGUGACCCAGGUGGAAACUGACACAAGCUUGUGAGUGAAUAGACGGCUUUACCAUGGCUUUGAAUAAGAUUCAGGUGAUCAAAGGUCUUGAAGAUGUGACGUUGUGUGAAAAGGAAGCCUGGACGUUUGAGGUGACUCUGACUCACGCUUAUGUCCGAGGCGUGUGGACGAGGAACGGGCUGCCGUUCAAAUCGAAGCCCACGUGUCGUAUCGCAAUGCAGGGGAAGAGACACACUCUCACCCUGACACGUGUCUCGCUGUUAGACAUGGGUCUGAUCAGCUUUCAGGCGGAAGGAGUGGAGACGUCCGCUAAUCUCACUGUCACAGCCAGAGACAUACAGAUCCUAAAACAUCUUCAGGAUGUCAGCGUGACAGAAAGGGAGAGUGUGACGUUUGUGUGUGAAGUAAACCUGGAGGACGUGGAUGGAAAAUGGUUCAAGAACAGCAGCAGGAUAAAAGCCGGAGACAACGUUAGAAUUAGGCAAGAAGGAAAAACUCACUCACUGACCUUCAAAGCUGUCAAGCCAGAAGAUGCUGGUGAAAUCACCUUCACAGCAGAGAGAGUUUCAUCAACAGCAAUGCUAAGAGUGAAAGAGCUUCCGGUUCAGAUUGUGAAACCACUACGAGUGAAGAUUGCCAUGUACAGACAUCGCGCCCUGCUGGAGUGCCAGGUCUCCCGCGCUAACGCUGAGGUCACGUGGUACAAACGGAACAGAGAAAUUGCACCCAAUGGGAAGUACCAGGUUAUUAGUGAAGGUCUUUACAGGCAGCUGACCAUCGAAGAAGUGGGCUCAUCAGACGAGGACACCUUCAUCUGUGAUGCUGGUGAUGAUAAGACUUCUUGCCGACUCUUUGUAGAGGAGCAGGCUAUCAGUAUUGUCCGUGGACUGAACUCAGUCGAAGUAAUGGAGCCUAAGGAGGCUCGCUUCAGAGUGGAGACAAGCAUUAAAACAGAACGAGCCCCUAAAUGGACUUUGAAUGGGGAGCUGCUAAGUUCUGGCCCCGAGGUGAAGAUUGAGAGGGAAGGAACUUCACACAGACUCACUUUCACCAACACCAACAGCAACAUGUGUGGCAUCAUCCAGUUCAGCUCGGGGAAGAGCAGGUCGACGGCCCAGCUUACUGUUACAGAGCGCCCGCUGGUGGUCACCCAACCCAUUUCAGAAGUGGAGGUUAAAGAGAACUGCUUGGUGACUCUCAGGUGUGAGUUUUGUCCUUCACCAAGAGUGGUGCGCUGGUUCAAGGGUAGAACUCCUUUGCUGGCCUCAAGCAAGUACAAAUUGAGGCAGGAGAAGAACCACGUCGAGAUGACCAUCAUGGGUGUGAAGGCUGUAGAUGCAGGGGAAUAUCGGUGCCUGGCUGGUGGAGCUGAGAGCAGGGGUCGAGUCAACGUAGAAGUGAAACGUCUGAAGAUCACACGGCAUCUGGAACACGUAGAGGUCGAAGAAGAAGGAACAGCAGUGUUUUCCUGUGAGCUAAACCAUGAGGUACCGAGUGUCCAGUGGCUUCUCAAUGACAGGGUGAUUCAUGCCAGUCAGACAAACAAGAUGCAGAAUUCAGGCAAAGUGUACACACUGGUCCUGAAAAGGCUUACCCCGCAGGAGAGCAGGGUGACUUUCAAGACUGUCGGCAUCAGCGAGUCCACCAUACUCAGGGUCAAAGAAAGGCCAGUGGUGUUUCUUAGAUCUUUGGAAGAUGUUGUGGCUGAGGAACGUGGCAAAGCUUGCUUACAGUGUGAGGUCUCCAAGCAAGUAGUAACCCCUGUUUGGAGGAAAGAUGGUUCCGUCCUAAAUGCCAGUGAGAAACAUGAAAUUCUUCAGUUGGAAAAGUCAUUAUCUCUGAUCAUUCACAAGCUCAGAAAAGACGAUGCUGGGGAAUAUUCUUGUGAUGUAGGGACUAGCCAAACAAAAGCCAAGGUUGUCGUUCGUGAUCUGUACAUCAUCAUUGUCAAGCGCUUACGGACAAUUUCCAUUCUUGAGGGGGAAUAUUGCAGUUUCGAAUGUAUUCUGUCACAUGACAUCAUUGAUGAACCCUUAUGGACAUUGAAUGGCCAGCUGAUUGUCAGCAAUGGUCGAAUCCAAGUUUCUAACCAGGGGCGCAAGUACGCCAUGAACAUCCAAGAGGUUAUGAUUACUGAUGCUGGGGAAGUGGUCUUCACGAUCAAGGAUCUCAGUUGCAGGACCAUGCUGUUUGUCAAAGAGAAGCCUGUACGGGUGUUUAAGGACAUGGUAAAUGUUCAGGCAGUACCUGGAGAAGAUCCAGAGCUUAGCUGUGAGAUUACCAAACCUGAGAUGACCAUCAAGUGGUUGAAAAAUGGCCGGUUGAUCAGGUCUAGUUCUAAGUAUGAAAUUAUUCAAAAAGGCUAUUUGGUUACACUAGUAAUCCAUAAUGCAACUGUAAAGGACUCUGGAGAGUACUGCUGUGAGGCCGACGGAAUUGCCACUAGGGCAAGGUUAGAGGUCAGAGACUUACAGCACACAUUUGCUAAGGAGCUAAGAGAUGUAACUGCAGAAGAAAAGAAUAUGGUAGUCUUGGAGUGUGAGACCAAAAGACCUGCCGCUAAGGUGACCUGGUUAAAAGGCAUGGUGGUGCUUAACUCAGGUCAGAAGUACCUGAUGUUGAAGAAAGGUGUUGUCCUCUCACUCACCAUAUUCAGCCUUGAGAAGGGUGACAGCGAUUUGUACACAUGUGAUGUUGGGACGAUGCAGAGCAGGGCUUUACUUACGGUGCAAGGUCAGAAAGUGCUUAUCUUGGAUGAACUGGAGGAUGUUGAAUCUCUGGAAGGGGAAACUGCCAUAUUCAAGUGUCGUAUCUGUCCAAGUGACUUCACAGAGGUUAAAUGGUAUCUUGAUGAGACUCUGCUCUAUACUAAUGAUUUAAAUGAGAUCCAAAUGAUCCAUGGUGGCUACCACACUCUUACCAUCAAAGAACUUGCACGCAAAGACACAGGAACAGUAUCUUUCGAAGCUGGGGACAAGAGAUCUUACGCUUCACUGCUAGUAAGAGAAAGACGCCCAACAAUUAUCAAACCAUUAGAGGACACUGAAGCUAUUGAGGGAGGAAGUUUAAAUCUGGUAUGCAAGACCUCAAAACCGUGCCAUAUCCUGUGGUAUAAGGAUGGCUGCUUAAUGUGGAAUUCCUCCAGCUAUUUCAUGAGUCGCUCUGGAAAUGAGGCCAGGUUGACCAUCCGAGAGGUCAAAGACACUGAUGCAGGAGUGUAUGAGUGUAACGCAGGAUCCAUCAGCACCAAAGCUACAGUGACUGUUAAAGCCGUGCCUGCUGAGUUUACAAGGCAGCUUCAUAGUCAAGAAGCUGAUGAAGGAAGUAGUGUGACACUGUUCUGUGAAUUCUCUGUACCUGGCGUUCAGUAUUUGUGGCGUAAAGGAGCCGAGACGCUCAGGUCAGGAGAGAAAUACCUGAUGAAGCAAAGGAAAAAUUAUCUUUCACUUACAAUCCACAAUGUGAAACUUGAGGACUCAGGGACUUAUACGUGCAUUUGCAGAAACCAGCGGACUAUGGCCACUGUUACAGUCCAUGCUAUUCCCAUCAUAUUCAUCAAAGAACUUAAAAAUCAAGAAUCAGAGGAGGGCAUGGCCGUGACAUUACGCUGUGAGCUCUCCAAAGCUGGAGUACCAGUGGAGUGGAUGAGGAACGAGGAAGUGCUCAGCCCUGGGAUGAAGUAUCAGAUGCGACAAAUAGUAACCAUACAGGAGCUGGUAAUUAGGAAUCCAGUGCCAGAGGACAGCGGAACCUACAGCUGUGUGUGUACUGAUCAAAGGACCAAAGCCACAAUUAAUAUAAAAGCUCAACCCAUUACCUUCAAACAGAAGCUUAAAUCUCAAGUGGUUGAAGAAGGAAACAGUGUCACCUUGCACUGUGAGGUAUCAAAACCUGGACUUCCUGUAGAAUGGAGGAAGGGCCAAGAGUUGCUCAAGUCUGGAGAAAAGUACCGGAUGCGACAAAGAAGUUGUGUGUUAGAGCUAAAGAUUUUCAAUUUGAAAUGCGAGGACAGUGAGGUAUACAGCUGCUCGUGUGGCAAUGUCCAGACAUCAGCUAGGGUUACUGUUAGCAAGCAGCCAAUCAGUUUCACAGAGAAGCUAACAAACCUGGUCGCUGAGGAGGGCAAGACUGUGACCUUGCACUGUGAACUGUCCAAAGCUGGUGUUCCAGUGGAAUGGUGGAAUGGAGAAGAGCUUCUCCAACCUGGACAAAAGUAUCAGAUGAGAGAAAGAGAUGCAACACAUGAUCUUAUCAUCUAUGACACUGUGCCUGAAGACAGUGGAGUCUACAGAUGCAUAUGUGGAAAUCAGAAGACCAAAGCAAUGAUAAAAAUUGUUGGUGUGGCUGCUACUUUCAAGCAAAACUUGAAAAACCAAGAAGCUUUUGAAGGAGGAAGUGUUGUACUAAGAUGUGAGCUCUCUAAAGCUGGAGUACCUGUGGAAUGGUGGAAAGGUGAAGAGCAUUUGAUGCCAGGUGGGAGAUAUCAGAUGAGACAAGACGGCAAGUUUGCUGAGAUGGAAAUCACAAAUAUUCUUCCUAAUGAUGCUGGAAUGUACAGUUGUGCUACAGAAAACCACAAAAGCUCUGCAGAAGUGAAAAUCACAGCUCUUCCGAUUACUUUCAAACGGGAGCUACAGGAUCAGGUUUGUAAAGAAGGGGACAUGGCUGUGUUCAUCUGUGAACUGUCCAAACCUGGGGCUCCAGUAGAGUGGAGAAAAGGAAGAGUUAUUUUGAAACCAGGAGAGAAGUACAAGAUGAAGCUGGAAGGAAAGUUAACCAAAUUGGAAAUAAACAACCUGGAAGAGGCUGAUUCUGGAAACUAUUAUUGUAAAACCAGAGAUGUACAAUCAACAGCUGAACUUACUGUUCAAGCACUUCCUGCUACCUUCAAAAAUGUUCUGAAGAACCAGGAAGCUCAAGAGGGAAACAGCAUCAGUUUGCAGUGUGAACUUUCCAAAGCUGGAGUACAUGUGGAGUGGUGGAAGGGAGAUGAAAUGUUAAGAACUGGGGAGAGGUAUCAGUUGAGAAAAAAGGAUGCAACAGCAGAAUUGUUAAUAAGAAAAGCACAGCCAGAAGAUAGUGGAAUGUAUCGCUGUGUUUGUGGAGAGCAGAGUACUGAGGCACACAUCAAAGUCAAUGCUCUGCCAAUCACUUUCAAGCAAGAACUGAAGAACCAAGAAGCUGAAGAAGGGAACAAUAUCACAUUGCGUUGUGAACUCUCAAAAUCCGGAGCACAGGUAGAGUGGUGGAGAGGAGAAGAACUGCUCAAGCCUGGGGAGAAAUACCAGAUGAGACAAAUGGCCACAAAAAUGGAGCUUGUCAUCAGAAAAGUAGUACCUGAAGAUAGUGGCGUCUACACUUGUGUAUGCCCAGAUCAGAAAUCCAAUGCUGUAGUUAAAAUAAAAGCUUUACCAAUAAUUUUCAAACAAAACCUGAGAAACCAAGAAACUGAGGAAGGCAAGAGCAUCACUUUACGUUGUGAACUUUCUAAGCCGGGAGCUUCGGUGAAAUGGUGGAAGGGUCAGGAGGAGCUGACUUGGGGUGAAAAAUACCACAUGAAGACCGAGGGAAAGACUGUUGAGAUGGUUAUUAGGAAUGUUUUAUGUGAGGAUGCUGGCGUAUACAGCUGCACAAUAGGAGAUCAAAAGACAACCUCAGAAAUCAAAGUUCGGGCUCUACCAGUCACAUUCAAACGAGAGCUCCAAAAUGAAGUUUCCAAAGAAGGGGGAACUGCCAUGUUUUGUUGUGAACUCUCAAAACCUGGAGCUCCGGUGGACUGGAGGAAAGGAAGAGUUAUUCUGAAAGCAGGAGAUAAAUAUGAGAUAAAGCAAGAUGGAAAAAUCGCCACACUUAUCAUACAUAAUAUUGAGGAAAGUGAUGCUGGAUACUAUUCCUGCAAAACCAAGGAUUCUGAGUCGACCGCUGAGCUUUCUGUUCGGGUUCCACCCAUUAUUUUUAAAGUGAAGUUAAAAAACCAAGACGUUGAAGAGGAGAGCAAUGUACGGCUGCAUUGUGAGCUCUCCAAAGCUGGUGUUCCUGUUCAAUGGAAAAAAGGGGAGGAACUGCUCAAAUCUGGACUCAAAUAUCAGAUUACACACCAAGAUACUAGAAUGGAGCUAAUCAUCAAGAAAGCAAUGCCUGAAGACAGUGGAGUGUAUAGUUGCAUAUGUGGGGAUCAGAAUACUAAAGCCAACAUCAAAGUUUUUGCCACUCCGGUCACAUUCAGACAAAAUCUAAUGAACCAGGAGGCUCCAGAAGGAGGGAUCAUAGUCCUGCACUGCGAGCUUUCUAAACCCGGGGAACCUGUGCAGUGGUGGAAAGAUGAAGAGGAGCUUAGUAACGGCUCUAAGUACAAGAUGAAGCAGGAUGGGUUAGUCGCUGAGUUACACAUCCGGAACGUGCUUCCUAUGGAUGUUGGGGAGUAUAGCUGUGUCAUCGGAGACCAAAAGACAACAGCUGAAGUUAAUGUCAGGGCUGCAGCCUCUGUGUUCUUUGAGAAAGAACUACAGGACCAGGAAGUGAUGGAGGGAAACUCUGUGAUGUUCAGUUGUUUGCUGUCAAGUCCUAAUGCACCAGUGGCUUGGAAAAAAGACUCACAGCAGAUCACACAAGGUGGCCGAUUUACUCUACAUCAGAAGGGCUCAACGCAGGAACUUGAGAUCAGAAAGCUAAGGCCUGAGGAUGCUGGUGUGUACACAUGUAGCACAAGGGGAAAGACGACAUCAGCACAACUUAGAGUGAUUGAGCGUGUGAGAAUUGUGAGAGAGCUACGGGACCUGACUGUAACCGCAGGAGAUGAUGCCCAUUUUGUGUGUGAGCUUUCACAUAGCGAUGUCACUGAUGGAGUGUGGUGGCUCGACUCCACUGUUCUGCAGGAAAAUGAAAUGAAUCAGAUGAGGUGCUGCGGUCGUGAGCAUCACCUGACCCUUACCAUGACAACAUCUGAGGAGUCAGGUAUUGUGGCCUUUGUGGUAGGAGAAGAGUGGACUUCAGCUCGUCUACGAGUGAAUAGUAAACCCAAAGUUUUGAUAGAAGAGAAAAUGAAAGACAUGGUCGUUUUUGAGGGCGAUACUGCCACAUUAUCCUGUGUUACCUCGGAUGACUGCACGCCCAUCACAUGGAAACGAAACAACGUCACCCUUCUGGCGGGGGAAAAGUAUGAGCCUCGUAAAGAAGGGAAGCGCAACCUGCUUUUAAUACAUAGAGUAGAAAAAGAGGAUACUGGGGUUUAUAUGUGUGACACAGGAGACAUGCAAAGUAUGGCUGCUCUCACCAUCAGAGAACGUCCACUUUUCUUUCAUGAGGAACUUCAAAAUCAGCAGGUGGAAGAGGGUGAAACCGCCUUCCUGUGCUGUGAGCUCUCUAAACCUGGAGUUUUGGUGCACUGGAAGAAGGGAGGUGUUUCGCUUAGACCAGGAAACAAGUAUAAAAUGAAGCAGGAUGGUUGUGAAGUACAACUUCAAAUCUACGACCUGGAAGUUCAGGAUAGUGGCAUCUACAGAUGCUGUGUGGAUAGCAUUGAGACGAAAGCUAGUCUUAGUGUCAAAGAACAACCUCUGUUCUUUCGUGAGGAACUCCAAAGUAUGGAAGCCGAAGAGGGUGAAACCUCAUUCCUGUGCUGUGAGCUCUCUAAGCCUGGAGUUCCAGUGCAGUGGAAGAAGGGAACCGUGCUGCUGAGACCUGGAAUCAAAUAUGAGAUGAAGCAGAAUGGUUGUGAAUUAGAGCUCCAGAUAAAUAACUUGAAAUGUGAGGACAGUGGAGUCUACAAAUGUUGUGUUGGUAGCCUAGAGACAAAGGCUAAUAUCCUAGUAAAAGAGCAACCACUGUUCUUCUCCGAGGAGCUACAAAAUCAGCAGUUAGAGGAGGGGGAAACCGCCUUCUUGUGCUGUGAGCUUUCUAAACCUGGGGUUGUGGUGCAGUGGAAGAAAGGAACAGUGCUGCUUAGAUCUGGAGACAAAUACGAAUUAAAGCAGGAUGGUUGUAAACUGCAGCUUAAGAUCCAUGAUGUGAAGGGUCUGGACAGUGGAAAUUACAAAUGCUGUGCUGGUGGCUUGGUUACUACAGCAUCUGUUAUGGUAAAAGAACAACCCCUGUUUUUCCAUGAGGAACUUCAAAAUCUGGAAGCAGUAGAGGGUGAGACCGUCUCGCUGUGCUGUAAAGUCUCUAAACCUGGAGUUUCAGUGCAGUGGAAAAAAGGAGCAGUAGUGCUGAAGCCUGGAAAUAAGUACGAAAUGAAACAGAAUGAUUGUGAAUUUCAGCUUAAAAUCCAUGACUUAACAAAUCAUGACAGUGGUACCUACAAAUGCUGUACAGGUGGCAUUAUGACUACAGCAUCCCUCGAAGUGAAAGAACAGCUGCCAUUCUUUCUUGUGGAACUCCAAAGUAUACAAGCAAUGGAAGGAGAGACUGCCUCGCUGUUCUGUGAGCUCUCUAAGCCUGGAGUUCCAGUGCUGUGGAAGAAAGAUGCAACCCGUCUGAGGCCUGGGGGUAAAUAUGAGAUAAGGCAAAAUGGCUGCAAAUUACAGCUUAAAAUACAUGACUUAACACAUCAAGACAGUGGUUCCUACAAGUGCUGUGCUGGUAGCCUUGAAACCAUGGCAUCUCUUGAAGUGAAAGAAGUACCAGUAUACUUUCGUGAGGAACUCCAAAAUCUGGAGUUGGAAGAAGGUGGAACUGCUUUGCUAACCUGCGAGAUCUCUAAACGUGGGGUUGCAGUACAGUGGAAGAAGGAAUCAGUCCUGCUUAGACCAGGAAACAAGUAUAAAAUGCAGGAGAAUGGAUGUGAACUACAACUUCAGAUUCAUGAUCUGACAUUUGAGGACAGUGGUACUUAUAGAUGUUUGGCCAAUACUGCAGCUACCACAGCAACUGUUCUUGUAAAAGAACAACCUUUGUUCUUCUACAAGGAGCUCAAAAAUCAAGAAGCAGAGGAAGGUGAAACCAGGUUGCUGUGCUGUGAGCUCUCGAAACCCGGGGUUUCUGUGCAGUGGAAAAAGGAAACGAUGCCCCUGAAGCCUGGAGAGAAGUUUGAGAUGAAGCAGGAUGGAUGUGAACUGCAGCUUAAGAUCCAUGAUCUAAAAAGUUCAGAUAGUGGCUCCUACAAAUGUUGUGCUGGUAGUCUGGUCACCACUGCAUCUAUUGUUGUGAAAGAAAAACCUUUGUUCUUCUGUAAGGAGCUACAAAAUCUGGAGGUGGAAGAGGGUACAAUUGCCUUGCUGUGCUGUGAGCUCUCGAAACCUGGAAUAUCCGUGCAGUGGAAGAAAGGAGCACUUCUUUUGAAACCUGGAGAGAAGUAUGAAAUGAAGCAGGAUGGAUGUGAACUGCAACUUAAGAUCCAUGAUCUAAGAAGUUCUGAUAGUGGGUCCUACAAAUGUUGUGCUGGUAUACUCACCACGACAGGCUCAAUUCUAGUAAAGGAAAAACCUUUGUUCUUCUGCAAGGAGCUACAAAAUCUGGAGGUAGAAGAGGGUACAACUGCCUUGCUCUGCUGUGAGCUCUCUAAACCUGGAGUUGCAGUGAAAUGGAAGAAAGGAGCACUUCUUCUGAAGCCUGGAGAGAAGUAUGAGAUGAAGCAAGAUGGAUGUGAACUGCAGCUUAAAAUCCAUGAUCUAAGAAGUUCUGAUAGUGGCUCCUACAAAUGCUGUGCUGGUAGCCUGUUCACUACUGCAUCCAUUGUAGUGAAAGAAAAACCUUUGUUGUUCUGCAAGGAGCUACAAAAUCUGCAGGUAGAAGAGGGUAAAACGGCCUUGUUGUGCUGUGAGCUUUCGAAACCUGGAGUUGCUGUGCAGUGGAAGAAAGGAGGACUUCUUCUGAAGCCUGGAGAGAAGUAUGAAAUGAAGCAGGAUGGACGUGAACUGCAGCUUAUGAUCCAUGAUCUGAGGAGUUCUGAUAGUGGUCCCUACAAGUGUUGUGCUGGUAUACCCACCACGACAGGCUCAAUACUAGUAAAGGAAAAACCUUUGCUCUUCUGCAAGGAGCUACAAAAUCUGGAGGUAGAAGAGGGUACAAUUGCCUUGCUGUGCUGUGAGCUCUCGAAACCUGGAAUAUCCGUGCAGUGGAAGAAAGGAGCACUUCUUUUGAAACCUGGAGAGAAGUAUGAAAUGAAGCAGGAUGGAUGUGAACUGCAACUUAAGAUCCAUGAUCUAAGAAGUUCUGAUAGUGGGUCCUACAAAUGUUGUGCUGGCAGUCUGGUCACUACAGCAUCUAUUGUUGUGAAAGAAAAACCUUUGUUCUUCUGUAAGGAGCUACAAAAUCUGGAGGUAGAAGAGGGUACAAUUGCCUUGCUGUGCUGUGAGCUCUCGAAACCUGGAGUAUCGGUGCAGUGGAAGAAAGGAGGACUUCUUCUGAAGCCUGGAGAGAAGUAUGAGAUGAAGCAAGAUGGAUGUGAACUGCAACUUAAGAUCCAUGACCUAAGAAGUUCCGAUAGUGGCUCUUACAAAUGUUGUGCUGGUAUACUCACCACGACAGGCUCAAUUCUAGUAAAGGAAAAACCUUUGUUCUUCUGCAAGGAGCUACAAAAUCUGGAGGUAGAAGAGGGUACAAUUGCCUUGCUCUGCUGUGAGCUCUCAAAACCUGGAGUUGCAGUGCAGUGGAAGAAAGGAGCACUUCUUCUGAAACCUGGAGAGAAGUAUGAGAUGAAGCAAGAUGGAUGUGAACUGCAGCUUAAAAUCCAUGAUAUAAGAAGUUCUGAUAGUGGCUCCUACAAAUGCUGUGCUGGUAGCCUGUUCACUACUGCAUCCAUGGUAGUGAAAGAAAAACCUUUGUUCUUCUGUAAGGAGCUUCAAAAUCUGGAGGUAGAAGAGGGAAAUACUGCCUUGUUGUCCUGUCAGCUCUCAAAAUCUGGAGUUGCCGUGCAGUGGAAGAAAGGAGAUCUUAUUCUGAAGCCUGGAGAGAAGUAUGAAAUGAAGCAGGAUGGAUGUGAACUGCAGCUUAUGAUCCAUGAUCUGAGGAGUUCUGAUGGUGGCUCCUACAAAUGUUGUGCUGGGAGUCUGGUCACCACUGCAUCUAUUGCGGUGAAAGAAAAACCUCUGAUUUUCUGCAAGGAGCUUCAAAAUCUGAAGGUAGAAGAGGGAUCAAUUGCCUUGCUCAGCUGUGAGCUCUCAAAACCUGGAAUUGCAGUGCAGUGGAAAAAAGGAGCUCUUCUUUUGAAACCUGGAGAGAAGUAUAAAAUGAAGCAGGAUGGAUGUGAACUGCAGCUUAUGAUCCAUGAUCUGAGAAGUUCUGAUAGUGGCUCCUACAAAUGCUGUGCUGGUACCCUUGUCACGACAUCAUCCAUUGUAGUGAAAGAAAAACCUUUGUUCUUCUGUAAGGAGCUUCAAAAUCUGAAAGUAGAAGAGGGAAAUACUGCCUUGUUGUCCUGUCAGCUCUCAAAAUCUGGAGUUGCGGUGCAGUGGAAGAAAGGAGAUCUUCUUCUAAAGCCUGGAGAGAAGUAUAAAAUGAAGCAGGAUGGAUGUGAACUGCAGCUUAUGAUCCAUGAUCUGAGGAGUUCUGAUGGUGGCUCCUACAAAUGUUGUGCUGGCAGUCUGGUCACCACUGCAUCUAUUGCGGUGAAAGAAAAACCUUUGUUCUUCUGCAAGGAGCUUGAAAAUCUGGAGGUAGAAGAGGGUAAAACUGCCGAGCUCUACUGUGAGCUCUCUAAACCUGGAAUUUUUGUGGAAUGGAAAAAGGAAACUAUGCUGCUUAGACCAGGAGGCAAGUAUGAAAUAAAGCAAGAUGGCUGUAAACAUCAACUUAAGAUCUAUGGCCUCAAGAAUCAAGACACUGGGAGCUACAAAUGUUGUGCUGGUAGUUUAGUGACCACAGCGUCUAUCACAGUCAAAGUUCCAGAACAUCAAGUAUUUUUUUCUAAGGAGCUUGAAAGUCAAGAGGUAGAGGAAGGCAAGACUGUAAUGCUGUGCUGUGAGCUCUCCAAACCUGGAGCUUCAGUGCAGUGGAAGAAGGACACCGUUCUUCUGAAGCCUGGAAAUAAGUAUGAGAUGAAGCAAAAUGGCUGUGAACUACAGCUUAAAAUUUAUGACUUCAACACCGAAGAUUGCAGUGUUUACAAGUGCUGUGCUAGCAAAGUGGAGACAACCGCUGCUGUUGGUGUAAAAGAGUUUCCAAUCAAACCUAAGGACAUCCCUCAGGUACCACCACGCUCAAAGGGCAAGAGAUCCCAGCAAGGUCCUAUGCUAGAUGGAAAAAGCAAUGUCGUUGAACCAAAAAUGUCACCUGUAAGCCAGCAAUCUGCUAAUACUAUACUAGAGCAAUGGCAGGGUGACCAUUUGGAUCAUAGUGUAAAGAGGACAGAGGAGCAAGACUUUGAGAAGAACACAUUAGUGAGGGAAAUGGUGAAGGAAAAUGAAAGAUUCUCUGGGAAGGACGAGGUGAUGGUGGAUAUUAGGAAGCCCACUCCUUCUCCUGAUGAUCAUGUUACUGCAGAACAGAGUAACAGAGCAGAGAGGAUUGCAGUUACGACUACCACAGACAUUUCUAUCAUUCAAAAUCGAGACAUUAUAAAGCAAGAACCAGAGUGCAGAGAUACCACAGAGCAGAAAAGUGAGACUCAAGGCAAAAUUGUACCACUAGCACUACCUCGCUACAAGGGAAAGUUCACCCAGCCACAGAUUGUUCUUCAAGGGCAAGACAAUGUUCUGGAGCCAAAGAAACAGGUUUUGGUCAUGGAGCCAUUUGACGAAACAACUACCAGAGGUUCCUCAGAUACUGAGGAUUUCGGAGAUAAAAUGACCAAAGAGAAAAAUAAAGAAACAUUAGUAAGGCAAGAAGUAAAAGAACAGAAACCAUGUGUCCAUAGUGAAAAACAUGCAGCACCUGAAAAGAUUCAAUUCUUAAGUGAAGUUGAGGAGCAACUUGCAGAGAAAGCAUCAUGUCAGCAUAUUAAGGAUCAGGAAUACAAGAAGCAACAUAUCAGUGUAGGAAAAACAACAGAUCUUUCUGUUAAACAAGCCCUGCAACAGAAAGCAGAGUCAGCUGUGCAGAUGCGUUUUACAGAGCAGACGAACAUGAAUCAAACGGAAGAGGCCCCAGAACCUUUAACAAUUCAAUCUCAGGAAAAGGUAGCAGCUCAAACCAAGGUAGAGGGUCUGGUUGUUGGUGCUGUCAACCGUAAAUCUUGGGAAGGGAUCACCAAAGUUUGUGAAGUUGCAGAGACAACAAAGCACACCAACCGUCCAGAACAGCAUGCUCAAGAACCCUCUGGUAUAGACGUAAGUCAAGAGGAUGAGACAGAGAUGCUAGAGGCAGCUAUCAAGAUCCAAGCUGCUUUCAAAGGCUACAAGGCUCGAAAGGACAUGCGGCCUGUUUUCAAGGCAGUGUUUAAGACACAGAGUGUGGAGCUGAGUGAAACAUUUUGUUUGGACUGUAUCGUUGAGGGUAAACCCAGCAUAGUGCGGUGGCUGAAGGAUGGCGUUGAGAUAAAGUCUGGGAAGCGCCACAAGAUCAGCCAUCAUGAAGAUGGUAGGUGCUUGCUGGUUAUAGCUAAUGCAAGUUUCAAAGAUGCAGGGAUCUACACUUGUGAAGUUGCCAACAAGUUUGGUACUAUUAGUUACAACGGGAAUGUGACAGUCAGUCAUCCAAAGAAACCUAUAAAAGAAACUGCACAGCUGUCAGCAACAGAACCGACUCCUGGAAAAGAAACUGGGCAGAUCUCCAAUAAGGAAGAGGACUCACUUAGGCUCAUCUACGAUCUGCCUACAGAUGUCACUGACAGAAGAAUUCAGGAGAAAAGGAAAAGUCUCAUUUCAGUUAGUUCUACAUCCUGUCCUUCAGAUUAUGACACUGCCCCUGAUGUGGAUACAGGCAACAUAUCCAGAGAAAAAGAAGUGGAAAAUACAAAACCCAAAACACAGCUGUCUAAACAUUUAGAAGAGGAAAACACUAUCAGCCCUCAACCACAAAAAAUCAUUGGACAGUUAAAAGUAAAAGAAGGAAAGUCAGUAGGCAAAACUCCAUCUCCUAAAUAUCCCCAUGGCCUCAAGACCUCAUCCAAUGCAGAGUCACUCUCAGAGUCAGACGAGGAUGAUGACAGAGAGGAGACAUUUGAUAUCUAUGUGGCCAAAGUGGACUGUCACCCCAUCGGAGGCAAUAAAGAGACCUUUAUUCUUAAGGAAGGCCAGUUUGUGGAGGUCCUCGAUUCUGUGCAUCCUGUGAAGUGGCUUGUCCGUACUAAACCAAGCAAAACCACUCCAUCCAGACAAGGAUGGUUGUCUCCAGCAUACCUUGAGAAAAAGACAAAGGAAUUUCUUUCUCUGGUGCAAGAAACAGAGACAAAAGAUGCUUCUGAAAAAAGAAGGAAAUCACCCUCUAAAGAUGAAUAUAGAGAGACAUCAAGGCAGUUGAUCAAAGAUCUGCUCGAUAGUGAAAACGAGUAUGUGAGAGAAAUGAAUUUCUUUGUGGAGCACCAUUUACAGCACGUAGAGACAAGCUCCAAGGUUCCGCUCACUAUUCUUAGCCAGAAAGAGUUCAUAUUCCGCAACACGAAGGACAUCGCAAGCUUCCAUGAAUGUUGUAUUUUACCGAAGCUAAGCCAGUGCGCCACAGAUGAUGACGUGGCUCAGUGUUUUGUAAAUUACGCCCCAGACUUUGAGAUGUAUCUUCAGUACAUUAUAGGCCAGUCUCAAGCUGAGGCCUGCAUCUCAGACAAAAACACACAGCACUUCUUUAAGCAAUAUGCCAACACUGCUUUUGCACAUCUGGAUACUCGAGUCUUUAGUGUCAGCACGUAUUUGGAGAGACCUUUGGAGAGGCUUGAAAUGUACAAAACUCUGUUCAAGGAGUUGAUAAGAAACAAAGCAAAGAGUGGCCAGAGCUGUUGCCUACUCGAAGACGCCUUUUCCAUGGUGUCCAGCUUGCCUUGGCGUGCAGAGAACGUGCAGCAUGUGUCCCUGAUUGAGAACUAUCCAGCACCUCUCAAAGGGCUUGGAGAACCAAUACGACAGGGUUCCUUCAUUGUAUGGGAGGAAGCACCCGGGACUAAAAUUUCACUCAGGGGCCACCAUCGUCAUGUCUUCCUGUUCAAGGACUGUAUCGUCUUCUGCAAAACGAAAAGAGACUUGACCACCCAGUCCAUAUUCUAUGUCUUCAGGAACAAGAUGAAGCUGAGCGAUGUGGAUUUGAAGGAUACGGUAGAAGGGGACGACCGAUCCUGGGGCAUCUGGCAUGAGCAUCGAGGUACAAUCCGAAAAGUCACUCUUCAAGCUCAUUCCGUGCUCACCCGCUUGUCCUGGCUCAGAGACCUUCGAGAUUUGCAACAGCGCAGCAAACUUGUAUCAUGGAGUGCACCAUGCUUCGAGCUGAUUCUUACUGAUUCUGUAGUUAAACUUGGACAGACCAUAAAACUCAUUUGCAACGUCACAGGAAUCCCUAAACCUGUGGUUACUUGGUACAAAGAUGGCAUUGCUCUGAAGGAUGACCCGCAUCACAUCAUCUCAGAGGGAAAUUUAGGUGCUUGCUAUUUGGUUCUGACUUCUGUGUCCAUGGAUGAUUCGGGUCAGUACAUGUGUUAUGCAGCGAACCCCAUGGGGAACGCUAGCACCCUGGCCAAGAUCGUUGUUGAUGUGCCUCCUAGUUUCACAACCAGACUUCAGAACACUCCGCUAGUGAAAGGGAAGGACGUGAAGUUGCAGUGUACAGCAGGAUGUAUUCCUCUACCCACUGUCAGGUGGUUUAAGGACGGCACACAGCUGGAAAAAAGCAAGAAAUACAAGAUUGACAGUGAUACACAGACCGGAGACCUUUUACUGGUUAUAAAGAAAGCAGAAGAGACAGACGUGGGACAAUAUGAGUGUGAGAUAACAAAUCAGAUGGGCAGUGCUAAGUGCAAAGCGCAGUUGUACUCCACACCACCCCCUGCGACAGACAGCACCAAAGACCAACCACAAGCCACCUCAGCUCCAGCAGCAGAUUCAGAAGGUUGGUCCAGUGCUUUGGUGAAGAACUUCUUCCAGAUGUUCUUUCAGUCUGGACCUUCCAACCAAUCUGCACGUAGUACCAGUGAGGCUCAAGCUACACAGGAAGUAGACGAGGAACACUUGGACAUCCCGGAGGAAGAGCAAGAGGAGACAUGUGUUUCAAGAGCAGAGGACGAAAAAUGCACAGAACCUCCAGUGGUGCAGGUGGACAUGGAGGAUCUGUGUGUACGGCCUGGACAACCUGCAACCUUUUCUGCGGUUAUUACAGGGCAGCCGAUCCCAGAGAUCAGGUGGUUCAAGGACGGUGUUGAACUCAUCUCUGGUGAACACAUGGAAGUGAAGCAGAGUGGUGCUCGCUUCUCUCUCACUUUACUGAGCGUUCACAUUUCUGAUUGCGGCACUUACACUUGUAGAGCCAUGAACAGCUCAGGCCACGCCUCCUGCCAAGCCCACCUCGCCAUGGAUACAGGUCCAGAAGAGUUUGAGGAAGAGGAGGAGGAGGAGGAGGAAGAGGAGGACAGAGGGUUGGAGGUGGGCAGAAGGAGGAAACUCCACGCUGUUUAUGACAUCCAUGAGGAGAUUGGCAGAGGCACGUUCGGGGUGGUGAAACGGGUCUUACACAGGGCGAGUGCUGAGGUUUUCGCUGCUAAGUUCAUCCCGCUGAAGAGCAGCACUCGCACCCGAGCCUUCCAGGAGAGAGACCUGCUGUCCCGGCUCGCGCACUGCAGGGUGGCCUGCCUGCUCGACUUCUUCAGCACACGGCGCACGCUCGUCCUCAUCACCGAGAUAUGCUCAUCUCAGGGAUUACUGGAAUACUUGUUAUUAAAAGGAUCAGUCAGUGAAGGAGAGGUCCGGGUUUACAUUCAGCAAAUUCUGGAAGGGGUUGGAUAUAUUCACAGCAUGAACAUCUUACAUCUCGAUAUUAAAACAGACAACAUCCUGAUGGUUUCCCCGGAUGGAGAGGACUUAAAAAUCUGUGACUUUGGCUUCUGUCAGGAGAUCGACCCUUCCAGGCAUCAGUACAGUGUCUUUGGGACUCCUGAAUUUGUGGCACCGGAAAUCGUUCACCAGGAACCAGUGACGACAGCAACUGAUAUCUGGUCUGUUGGUGUUGUUGCUUAUCUAUGUCUGACAGGACACUGCCCCUUUUUUGGGGAAAAUGACCGAGCCACGCUGCUGAAGGUGGCUGAAGGGGUCCUGUACUGGGACCUCCCGGAGAUCACCAGCUUGAGCGAACAAGCCCAGGAUUUCCUCCACAGAGUUUUACAGCCAGACUCAGAGAUGAGACCCUCAGCAUUGGAAUGCCUGAAUUACGAGUGGUUUCAGGAUCCGAAUGAAGAGGAGGAGUUUGACGCUAUUGAUACAAAGAGCUUAAAAUCUUUUAUCUCUAGAAGAAAGUGGCAGCGCUCUCUAACAUGUCUCGGCUCAGUCCUGACCCUGAGGCCGAUUCCGGAGCUGCUGGAUGCUCCGCUGUGCGAGGUCUCCGUCACAACCCCCAGAGAUCCUCGGAAUACCAGCAGCACCUCCGUGAGCACUGGUUCCUCCUCUGAAUAUGAUGAGGCUGAUGCUUGGGGCUUCUUCCAGAAUGCCAGCCAGGAGGAAGAUGAGGAUAGGGAGGAAGAUGGUAUGGAAUAUUAUCCAUAUGAUGAUCUUCCUAAACAAUGCUUGGCUCUAAAAAGAGAUGAGGAGGAUGUAAUAAUGGAUCAAGAACGAGAGCGGAGGGGUGCGUUGAUGAUUCCUGUAAGCGAGCAAUCCAGAGAGAUGCCCUCAUCUUCUCCUGAGCUGGUUAUUAGGGAGAGAAAAGAGAUCCAUUCAUCUUUGCGUCGUUCUGAAGAUGAUAAAAUGCCCAGUGGGACACCAAUCCCCCGUGGUAGCUUGAUCAAGAGCACCUUCUACAACAGUGAUGAGCAGCUCUCACCCAUGUCCGCCCGCCACAUGAUGCUCCGGGACAAACACCACGCCAGGAAACAGGACAGAGUACGUAGAGUGCGCUCCAGCCUGUCUGGAAGACGAAAUGAACCACUUAUAGAGUAUGUAGAGGAUUCUCCAGAUGUGGAGUCUGGCCUCAGUCAUAGGAGAGGGUCCACACUUUUGUCCAAGUCUUGCUCAUUGGACAGAGGGGUGAGUCCCAUCUAUCCAAACUCUUGCACCCAAAGGAGGAGCAGGUCGCUGGAUGAAUCCACAAGAAUCUCAGCAGCUUCUAUGGAGCACAUGACACUGGGAGAUAAUGAGGAAGAUCUAGAGUUUGACCAUAAUAAUGAGUUCACGGAUGAGGAGGAAGAUGAAGCCUCAGAGGUUCCUGUAAAUAGGAUAUCACAAAGUCCAUCACAGUCUCACAAGACUACAAUGGAGGAGCUGCCAAUAACCAUGGGGUCUCAUGUAGGUGACAGCCAGUCACACCCUGGAGAGGAGGAGGAGCCAGCAGCGAUGGGGGGAGAAGAAAAUGUAGCAGGUUCACAGCUGUCUCUUGCAAUGUCCUAUGACCUUGAACAUGACUCAGAUGCUUCUGGCAGGACCAGCACCUACAUUGGACAGUCUUCUAGCCACCUCCCAAUUUCACAGAGACACCACAGAGCAUACGAUGAAUCAGAAGAGCACCUGGUUGCGCUGUCAUCCGGAAAGGCAUCAGAGCUCUCUCUCUUGCAGGACUCUGAGGAUGAGGACAUGGAGAGAGUUCUGAGGAACCUUCGCCAAGCACCACUACAACAGCACAUGCACAGCACAACAACGAGCAAGAACAAUGUCGCAUUGAGGCGAAGUUCCUCCGCAGUCCCCAUACGCCCAGCAUCAGCGACCCCAGUGAGCCGAGAGGUGCUUCAGAGGCACUCAUCAGCUCCAGCUCUGGAGCUCAAACCCGCGAGUGGCAAGUCAGGCAAAUCUGGACUCAUGAAGAUCUUCCGCAGGAAGUCCUGGACUCCAGGACCCUCCAGCUCCCAGACACAGGAAUCUGUGAAGAAGGUUGAAGAAGGAUCAAGUCCACAGCAGAAGACCCCUCUCUUGACCUUGAGAAAGAAGAUGAGGGCUUCGGCAUCCAGCAUCACAAAGCUGUUCACCAGGCAGUCCAGUAAAGAGCGGAAGGAGGAGAAACGGGGGCCGAUUGUGAAGAAUCCUGUUUCACCAGAGAAAACAACUGUCACCUCAGACUUUUUUCCAUCAGCUCCCUUCUCGGGAAGCCCUCAGAAAAAGCCAAAGCUCUUCUCUCUCAAAGUGCCAACCUUCAAAAAGAGCAAAGGAAUGCCAGCCAAACCAUUCAAACCAGAUGUGAUCCAGCUCGCUAGUGGUGGAGCUCUGGUUUUCUGGAAGCCAGUGCGAUGCAGUGAUUCUGUCACAUACUGCAUACAGUAUAGCAUGAAUGGUGACGAGUGGAAAAUUUUGUCGGAGAAUGUUACAGAUAGUUGCUACAUCGCUAAUGCGCUACCUAGAGGACCCGGCUAUGUGUUCCGCGUGGCCUGCAUCACCAAAACAGGGUCGGGUCCCUUCAGUGAUCCUUCACCACCUGCUUUUAUGACAGUGCCAUAUGAAGACUCUCACAUUCCUCUGAUCCUGACGGAAUCUACCGGGUCCAAGAUCACUGUGCCGGGAGGACUUGGCUCAGAGAGGUCUUACAGCUUCCUGUCUGAGAUCAACAGGGGCCGUUUCAGUGUUGUGACAUGGUGUGAGGACAGCAGGAGCUCGCAGCCUCUGGCAGCCAAGCUGACUCCGUACGGGCAUGAGCAGAGGCAGCUGGUGCUGAGGGAGUACCAGGUGCUGCGCAAGCUGUGCCAUCCAAAUCUCGUCCAGCUCCACGCCGCCAUCCUCACACCCUCCUGCCUGGCGCUCAUUGAGGAGCUCUGCUCCGGACGAGAACUCCUCUACCACCUGGCCGAGAGGGACGUGUAUUCAGAGCUGCAUGUGUGUGAGCUGUUAAAGCAGCUCCUGAGUGGUGUGGAUUACCUGCAUGGACGUCACAUCGUCCACCUCGACCUCCGCUCCGAUAACGUUCUGGUGACUGAGCACAACGUGGUGAAGAUCGUGGACCUGGGCUCCGCUCAGCCCUUCACUCCGGGCCACGCCCUCAACAUCGAGCACAUCAAAGAGAUGACGGAGAGCAAAGUUUACAUUGUCCUUCCUAAAGCUCCUGAGAUCCUACAAGGUCACGGCGUCGGACCUGCCACGGAUAUCUGGGCUCUCGGCGUUCUAGCGUUUAUCAUGUUGAGUGCCGACACUCCGUUCCACUCGGAGCUCCACUGGGAAAGAGAUCGCAACGUCAGGAAGGGUAAGAUCCAGUUCGGCCGCUGCUAUCCCGGCCUUUCUGAGGGAGCCAUCAACUUCCUGAGGAUCACGCUGAACAGCAAGGCCUGGGGAAGACCAUCAGCUGCAGAGUGUCUCCAGAACCCGUGGUUACGAGGAGAACGAGGAGAAACGUCCAAGCACGCAGCCUCGAUCUUCUGCUUCUCCACAGACAAACUGCAGGCCUUCCUGAAAGAGCGCGAGGCGAAACGUGAUCGCGCUCGCACCAGAGUCACACUGCCACUCACUUAAAGUUACAAGCAGACAAAAACAUCCCAGAGUUCCUGAUCUCUAGGACAAAAGAGAAACAUCUCGACUAGAAGACACAGAUUUUUGACUUUGUGCAGGUUGACUUUUUUUCAUUUUCGCGUAAGACUAAAGUUCUUAUCUGCUUAUUUAUAUUAAGUAAAGUGAAAUUAUAACGAUAAACAAAACAGCAGUUAUCAUGGUGUGCAUGAAAUUAUUAGCAAAAAAAGUCUCCAUUCUUAGCAUGACAUUAAACGCUUAUUAAUCUAUU